GGAGGGAAGGCUGGGAUACUCGCGAGCUAGCGAAGGCGAGGAGGAGCGAAGGCGAGGGGAGGAGGCGCGGUGGGAGGAGGAGUAGAAGACAAAAGCCGAAAGCGAGGAGGGCGCGGGCCGCACUCACCGGCCAGGAGGGAGCCGUCGGUGCAGUGAGCCGUCGGCGCCGGGAGGCCGCAGCGCACAGGGCAUCCCGGUGGGCAGGCAGGAUGGGGAAGGGAGGGAACCAAGGCGAGGGGACCACCGAGCGCGAGGUGGCGAUACCCACCUUCAGCUGGGAGGAGAUUCAAAAGCACAACCUGCGCACCGACCAGUGGCUCGUCGUCGACCGCAAGGUUUACAACGUCACCACAUGGUCCAAGCGGCACCCAGGGGGCCACCGGGUCAUCGCGCAUUACGCGGGAGAAGAUGCUACGGAUGCUUUCCGUGCCUUUCACCCCGACCUUGACUUUGUGCACAAGUUCCUGAAGCCUCUGCUGGUUGGUGAGCUGGCCCCGGAGAUGCCUAGCCUGGACCGUGGCAAGAGUUCUCAGAUCACUGAGGACUUCCGGACCCUGAGGAAGGUCGCUGAGGACAUGAACCUGUUCAAGGCCAACCACCUGUUCUUCUUCCUCCUCCUGUCCCACAUUGUCGUCAUGGAGAUUGUCUCGUGGUUUAUCAUCUUUUACUUCGGCAAUGGCUGGAUUCCAACCCUCCUCACAGCCUUUGUCCUUGCUACCUCUCAGGCCCAAGCUGGAUGGCUGCAACACGAUUACGGUCACCUUUCCGUCUACAAGAAGCCCAUGUGGAACCACAUUGUCCACAAGUUUGUCAUUGGCCACUUAAAGGGUGCCUCUGCCAACUGGUGGAACCAUCGCCACUUCCAGCAUCAUGCCAAACCCAAUAUCUUCCACAAGGACCCGGAUAUAAAGAUGCUCCAUGUGUUUGUCCUGGGCGAAUGGCAGCCCCUUGAGUAUGGCAAGAAGAAGCUGAAAUACCUACCCUACAAUCACCAGCAUGAGUACUUCUUCCUGAUUGGGCCGCCACUGCUCAUCCCCAUGUACUUCCAGUAUCAGAUCAUCAUGACUAUGAUCGUUCGAAGGGACUGGGUGGACUUAGCCUGGGCUAUUAGCUACUACUUGCGUUUCUUCUUCACCUACAUCCCUUUCUACGGCAUCCUGGGAUCCCUCGUUUUCCUCAACUUCAUCAGGUUUCUGGAGAGCCACUGGUUUGUGUGGGUCACACAGAUGAAUCAUCUUGUCAUGGAGAUUGACCUUGAACACUACCGAGACUGGUUCAGCAGCCAGCUGGCAGCCACCUGCAACGUGGAGCAGUCCUUCUUCAAUGACUGGUUCAGUGGGCACCUCAACUUCCAGAUCGAACACCACCUCUUCCCUACCAUGCCCCGGCACAACUUGCACAAGAUCGCCCCGCUGGUGAAGUCCCUGUGUACCAAGCAUGGCAUUGAGUACCAGGAGAAGCCCCUGCUGAGGGCCCUGAAGGACAUCAUCAGUUCCCUGAGGAAGUCUGGGCAGCUGUGGCUGGAUGCCUACCUCCACAAAUGAAGUGGUGUCUUGGGGCACCUAUGGGGAAGGGGCACAGGUGGGGUGAUGACCAGAGGGAGGGGCGGGCUUUUGUUCUGAGAGGCUCCCGUGAGGCUG